GAUGGCCAUAAACUACUCACCGAAUAUGGCUUGUCCACCUACAACGACCACCAAACUAUAACCAUCCAGGAAAUGCCAGAAAAGGCUCCUGCUGGUCAAUUACCAAGAUCGAUCGAAAUCAUCCUCGAUGAUGAUCUAGUAGAUAUAGUCAAACCUGGCGACAGAGUCCAAAUCGUUGGGAUUUAUAGAACCUUGGGUGCUGGCCAAAAUAACAUCUCCUCUUUUAAAACCAUCAUAAUAGCCAACUCAAUCUAUCCAGUCCACACAAGAUCUUCCGGUGUCUCAGCAAUCCAAAAAAUCACUGAUCAUGACGUUAAAAACAUCAAUAAAAUCUCUAAAAGAAAAAACAUUUUCAAUUUGAUCUCUCAAUCUCUAGCUCCUUCAAUCUACGGCCAUGAAUAUAUCAAAAAAGCUGUCUUGUUACUACUAAUGGGUGGUGUAGAGAAAAAUCUCGACAACGGCUCCCAUUUAAGAGGUGACAUCAAUAUUCUAAUGGUUGGUGACCCAUCAACUGCCAAAUCCCAAAUCCUAAGAUUCGUCCUCAACACUGCUCCAUUAGCCAUUGCAACAACUGGUAGAGGUUCCUCUGGUGUAGGUUUGACUGCGGCUGUUGCAACAGACAAGGAAACAGGUGAACGUAAGCUAGAGGCAGGUGCAAUGGUUCUAGCUGAUCGUGGAAUUGUCUGUAUCGAUGAGUUUGAUAAAAUGAAUGAUAUCGAUCGUGUUGCUAUCCACGAAAUUAUGGAACAGCAAACUGUCACAAUUGCCAAAGCUGGUAUCCAUACCUCCUUAAAUGCCAGAUGUUCGGUCAUCGCUGCUGCUAAUCCAGUUUAUGGUCAAUAUGAUGUUCACAAAGACCCCCAUAAAAACAUUGCCUUACCCGAUUCCCUAUUGUCUCGUUUUGAUUUGCUAUUUGUUGUCACUGAUGAUAUCGACGAUCAAAGAGAUCGUAAAAUUGCUAACCACGUCUUAAAGAUUCAUCGCUACUUGAAAAAUGGUUAUGCAGAAGGUGAACCCAUAAGAGAGAUGGAAAACUUGACUCUAUCUGUCGGUAAUGAUAAUUAUACCAACAAUAACGAUGACCUAUUAGAUAACGAUACUUCCUCCUACGAUAAAAUCUUUGAAAAAUUCGAUCCUUUAUUACAUGGCGGUGCUGAAGAAAAUUACAGAAAGACUCAUAAUUACAAUUCAACCAGAAAACCUCUUCAGGUCGAAAUUUUAAAAUUACAAUUUAUUAAAAAAUAUAUUCAAUAUGCCAAGGAUAGAAUAAAACCAAAAUUAACUUCCAGAUCUAAAAAUUACAUUAUAAAUACAUUUGCUUCCUUAAGAAAUGACGUCCUAACUAACAACGCAAGAAAGACUUCUCCAAUAACUGUUAGAACCCUUGAAACUUUAAUUCGUCUUGCAACUGCUCAUGCUAAAGUCAGAUUAUCACAAAGAAUUGAAGUUAAAGAUGCAAAAGUAGCAGAAGAAAUUCUAAGGUACGCUUUAUUUAAAGAAGUUGUAAAAAGAACAAGAAAAACUAAAAAAAGAAAAACUAAUAAUGUUGCCAAAGAUUCUAAAGAUCCUGAAGAUUUAGAUAGUGAAAGUGAAGAUGAGGACGAAGGAGUAGAAGAGUUGCAAAAUAAUAUUACAGAUAUUAAUCUUAAUCAAAAUGGAAAUAGCAGUCAGAAUAAUAUCUCAACUCGUAGCCAAAGAACUACUCGUCAACGUAAUGUUUCAAGUGCAUUAAAUACUCCAAGAAAACAACCAUUAGGCGAAUCAAACGUUCAGCAACAAACUCCUCAACGACAGCCCCAAUUCCAAGAUCGUACACAGAGCCCAGAGGAAGUUUUUCAAGAGGAAAUUUCUCCUUCCAGAUUAGACAAAAUAAUAAGAAUAAUAGCAAGAUUGAGAAAUACUGACUUGUUUGAAAACGAAAGUUGCCCAUCAAAUGAUUUACUAAGCUCGAUUAAUUUAGAGUUAUCAACCGAAGAACACUAUUCGCUUGGCGAGUAUAAACAAGCAUUAAAGAAAAUGGAAGAUAGAAAUUUGGUUAUGGUUGCCGAUAAUAAAGUAUGGAGUGUUUGAUUUAUUUGAAUAAUUUAUGAGAUUUGGCCUUUAAUUUUUGAUAUCCUUUUAUUAUUUUUUUUUU